CGUCAAACGGUUUGGGCGCGAAGAACCACAAUGGCGCAGCUAGCUAAUUUACAGGCGGACGCAGGUGCUUUGGAUGUGUAAAAACUGGUUAAAAACAACAGUCACAGCCAAUACACCAGCCACCUCGGCGACGGGUCCAUUUUGGCUUCAGUUGCGGCACGAGCAGGAAUAUCCAAGCGGCACGUUGGCCUCCCCUCAUGGACUUCUUCUUUGGUGGUCUGGAGUGUGGAUAACCUGUAAUUGACGUGAAGUUCGACCUGGAGGAGCCUCAGAAGUAGGAACCUUCGGCAUUAAUCAAUAAUACUCAAGGAGUAUUGAUCAGUUUCAAAAAGCCGCUUAUCCUCAUGAGGGUCGUGGGAGUGCUGGAGCCUUUCUCAGCUGUCAAUGGGCAGGAUGCAGGGUACACCCUGAACUGGUUGCUCGCCAAUCGCAAGGCCAGCCGUGCCUCGAUGGCGGCGAGCUGAACGCUUGUUAUGUGAGAUGGGAGUUUAAUGCCGUCCUUUGUUUUCUCGUGACGUGAACGAGGACCAGAUACACCGAAGAGCCUUACAUCAAGAAGCCUUUGAACGCCUUCAUGAUCUUCAUGAAGGAGCAGCGGCCCUUCGUCAAGGCCCAAAUGCUGAAUAAAGACAGCGCAACGGUGAACAAGGUCAUUGGGGAGAUGGUUUUUGGGAUGUGGGAGGAAACCGGAGUGCCCAGAGAAAACCCACGCAGGCACGGGGAGAACAUGCAAACUCCACACAGGCGCGUCCGAGGUUGAACCCGGGACGUCAGAACUUUGAGGCCACACAAAAAAAAAAAAAAUCUAAACCUUUCUGAUCCUGACCCUGCGUGAAAAAGUAAUCCCCCCAUCCCCAAGAGAAAGGGCCGCUUUCCUGCCUCAGGACCAGGACACCUUGCUGUGAUUGAUGGAACAAUUAUUCCUGCCGUGUACCGGAAAAUCCUGAAGGAGAACCUACGGCCAUCAGUUCCUGCCCUCAAACUCGAGCGCUUUUGGAUCAUGCAGCAGGAAACCCUAUUUAAAUCUAAUUGAGACGGGCAGAUCAUGCUAGAAAAUGUGAGAUGUGCGCAAUGUGGGGUUGUUUCUGUCGUGCCAUGAUUUCCACAGUGGCAGUCGCUGACGCAGGAAGAGCAUCUUAAAUACUACCAGGAAUCGGACCGGCUCAGAUGGAUCCACGCCAGAAUGUACCCGAGCUGGACCUGCAGAAGCAACUACGUGAGUCCCGUCGUCAUUUGGGCAGAGAGGCAACAGGAAGCAGAACUGGAGGUGGCAGAGAGAGGAGGAUGCAGGAGGUUGUGGACGACGUGCUGCGGUGACCCCAAAUGGGACAAAACCUCCACGUACGCAACUUGGACUAAAGGCAUCCGAAUCCGAACAGCUCGUCGUUUUUAUUGGUCAACCUCUACGAGACGGGUCGCCACUCUUCUCGCAAGCGGAAGGGCCUCAUUCCUGCUGGGACUCCCGACGACCCUCUCGUGCCUGGCGUACGGAGCGUAUCGUGCGGCGCAAAACCCGCCGGCGGUCCUCGCUUUAGAAAAAGAGGAGGUUCUCGAGCAGGCGGACUACCUUUACAGCUGCGCAGAGACGCACAAACUCUACCAGCUCUUACUGCAGUACAAAGACAGUGACAACGCAGAGUUCUUGUGGCGCCUGGCCCGAGUAUCCCGUGACGUGUCCGUGCUGCCCGGCACCGAGGAGGGACAGAAAAAGCAGCUCAUGUAUGAGGCCUUCAAAUACGCAAAGAAGUCCUUGGAGAAAGAUGAAAAGUGUUUUGCGGCACACAAAUGGUACGCGAUAUGUCUCAGUGAUGUGGGAGAGUACGAGGGAGUCAAGGUGAAAAUUGGAAAUUCUUUUGUAAUCCGGAAACAUCUGGAGAGAGCUCUCGAGCUCAAUCCGAAAGACGCAACAUCUUUACACAUUUUGGGUUACUGGUGCUUUACUUUUUCGGAGCUGCCGUGGUACCAACGCAAGGUGGCGGCGGUUAUCUUCGCGUCUCCUCCCACGUCCACCUACGAGGAGGCUUUGCAGUUCUUCCUUCAAGCUGAGCAAGUUGAUCCAAACUUCUACAGUAAAAACCUCCUCAUGCUGGGGAAAACCUACAUGGCCAUGAAAGACGAGCCCAAAGCGCUGCUGUGGCUGAAGAAAGCUAAAGAUUACCCCCCGCGCACGCUCGAAGACAAAGAGGUCCAUAAAGAAGCCGUUGACCUGUUAAAGAAGUUCAGCUGAACCCGGCGCUGUCUGCGAAACCUCUUUUAAUAGUUAACGCGGCGUGACGAUCGGCCGCAGACGGCGGAGAAAAAUCGCUCAUCUCCAGCCUCGCAACUUGAAAAUAAAAAGCACGAUCACGGCAGGGAAGGGAGUCAUUUGUCUUGU